AUGCUUCCGUUGCUGUACUUGCUGUUCUUCCUACCAGGCGUCAGUUUACUUGAAACUCUACGAGUCAAACGUUUGAGUGCAUACGAUCCGGCCAAUCUCCUUUUGCCCUACAAAGACGAUACUGUUCCAAAGCAAACUUUACGAGUAUACCGACCGAUGCUGAAUGUUGUAUUGGCCAAAGAAGCUCGCACCACCAAAGUCAAUGGCAAAGAGAUGUGA